UAGGAAUAUCAUAAGAACUAUGACAGAACAGGCCAAUACAAGCAUGUCAUCAACUGCUCAUAACUGGACAUCAGAUCUCGCUAUUGAUGGAAAUGUAGGCCCAGACCCUGACGUGUGUCACUGCUGCAGCGGAACACAAAACUCUCUAACAUCUUGGUGGAUGGUAGAUAUGGGUAAACGAUUCCCAGUAAACCAAAUUACAGUUUACAGCAGGCGUAAUGAUAAAGAUUACCAACAGCUGGCUGGUUUCCAACUAUUCUUUUCUAAUGACACUAUGACAUUUAAAUUAAUCGGAAAUAAUGCAAGAAGGAAUUCGGAUACCAAGCAUGAACUAACAUUUCCGAGUAUUGUUACCAGAUAUAUCAGAAUACAAAGACCCGGUGUAUUAACAUUGUGUGAAGUUCGUGUUUACGAAGGAGAAUGCCAGAUCGGACAUUUCGGGGACGAAUGCUCACAAAGUUGCCACUGUGCAGAUGACCGGCCAUGUGAUGCAGUAACAGGUCAUUGCCAGUCACCUAUCUGCAAAACAGGGUGGAUUGGAUUAGCAUGCAAUAAACAAUGUCCACAAGAUACCUUUGGAGAUAAAUGCACUGAGAAGUGUUUCUGUGCGGAGGGAACAUGUACCAAUAAUCAUGGAAUAUGCCGUGGAAAAUGUCGAUCCGGAUACACUGGUUCACACUGUAAUGAAGUCGACAUUAUGAAAACGCAAAACCAAACAGUUCACAUCGGUAGCGAGCAUAGUGCUACCAAAAUAAUAGGAGGGGCAGUUGGUGGUUCUGCAGCAGUUAUUGUUGUGGCCGUAGCAGUUAGUAUAAUCAUAUUCAGGUCUAGAAAGAGAAACAGUAAGGAUAGCAAACAUGAUUACGCAACACCAGAAAUCACUGCAGCACAGACUGGAACAGAAUAUGACACAUUAGACAACCUGAAUGACAACCAAGGCCAAAGCAACAACAGUUAUGAAAACGAGAGAGUCAGCGCUUUUUGACAUACUUAAUAUUGUUUCAUUUCUUUUAAGCAUUUUCUUCUUAAAUAAAGCGUAGCACAAGUAUUAUAUUCCUAAUAUUUAGUAUAUGUUUGUACUUAUAUUCAGAAAGUUUUAACAACAAACAGGUUCAAAAUGAUAAAAACGCUUGUUAUAUCAAGCGGAUAAC